GUAGAAGCCACAACAGCAUCAGCCAGAGCGUCAGCGAAGGGGGGCCAUGGAGAAAAGUGGGCAGUGGCUCACCCCACCACCUAUUGCCUUCUGUCUCGUGUGCAGGAGUACGCAAUAAUCAACUUGGAAAAAUAUUAAACACUUUCACAUUAGAAAAGCUGUGAACUUUUCGGGGUUUUCUAAUUUAUUAGUUGCUUUCUAGAGAGAACUGAUUAGUCAUCGCAGUGGUCAAAACAAGAGUGCUCCACCAACUUUUAGUCAUCUGCUGCUCUUCGUCACACAAAAAUCGUUUCCUAUAGAAUCGCUGGGAGAGCAGAACAGAAGUCCCAUCAAAACCCAUUUCAUUUCAAGCCUUGUAGGUGAGCUCAAUAGAGAGAUGUCUUUGAUAGGAAGAGUACACCCUGACUGCGUAAAUGUAUCCAAUCCAUACCAUGAAUGCACUGAAAAUUGCUUGAGAAAGAUUCAGGAAGGGAAAGGCCGGAAGACUAAAAAGAAAUCAGAUAAUGGAAGCACAUUUAAAGGUGGUGAGUUCAAAAAAAAGGCGGUGGACGAUAGAAGAGCAUCUAAUCCUUACCAUGACCCUGAAUAUUACCUGCAACAAACCGGUGGUGCCAAACCUCGUGGGGAUAUAAAAGAACCAGGUUCCAUAAUUGAUGUUCCUAUAUUGGGCAGAAAGAAGGAGAGAUCCCGACCAAAGCCCCCUCAAGAGCUUGACAAUGUCCCUGGGCAAGGUGCAGUUUAUCAUUUAGAUGCUCCGUCAUCUAAGGAAAAGGUGAAUUUAGAGAAUGUUUUGAUUGCAGGCUCCAUCCUUGAUGAUCCUAUUUUCGGCAGAAGAAAGCAGGGAUCCCAACCAAAGACUUCAGAAGAGCUUGAAGAUGUCCCAGUUGAAGACUCCGUGCUUGAUGAUCCUAUAUUCGGCAGACGAAAGCAUGGAUCCAAACCAAAGCACCCUGAAGAGAUUGAAAAUGUACCAGAUGAAGGUGUGCUUUAUCCUUCUGAUUUACCCUCGUCUCCUUCUAAGGAAAAGGUGAAAUUACAGAAUGGUGAGCAUAAAUCUUAUUCUCCACCGAUUUCUGAAGUAAAAGAUCCUUCUUUCAACAAGGUACAAGUGCAGUCCUCUCUGUUAGUGCCUCCAUCUGGAAUUAUCACAAUGCCUGAAUAUCCCAAAGAUCCUCCAGAGAAUGGUGCUACUGAUGUCACUAGUGAAUUACCUGGUCAUGGGGAAGACAAUGAAAAUCUUCAUCAUUCUGUUCCAAAUCUUACUGUCAACAAUGCAGGAGAGGGCGCUGCUGGUUCAGCUUCAGAUUCUAGAAGCUUUAGUUUCUCAGGUACUCUCCAACCUUUUGAAGAGAGUGAUGAAGAAGAGACGCGAUCUGUUAACUCUGAUUCCAGUGUGUCUGUGGGAAAAUACCGUGUGAAAGGAAGUUUCUCUUCAAUUCUCCAGUCCAUUUUUGACAAAUAUGGUGAUAUAGCAGCAAGCUGUCAAUUGGAAUCAAUUGUCAUCCGCUCUUACUAUCUCGAGUGCGUAUGUUAUGUGGUUCAAGAGUUGAAGCGAACUUCAAUCAAGCAGCUGACAAAGCCUAAAGUCAAAGAAAUGUUAUCUAUGCUUAAGGAUGUAGAAUCCUCAGGAAUGGAUGUUGGUUGGCUUCGUCUUAUCAUCAACGAAUGUGCAGAAACCACUGAACUUGUCAGUCGGCAUCGAGCAUUCGAAGCAGCAAAGGCCAACUGCGAUCGCGAUAUAGAAUCAACAAAGAAAGAACUAGAAUCACAUAUGGAGGUUUUGGCUCAGAAAGAAAAGGAGGUUGCUGAAACCAGAGCCCGCCUGAGGGAGCUUGAGCUUAAAUCUUCUGCUCUGAGUGAGACUGUUAGUAACAUGAAGUCCAAGGUUGAUAAUCUUCAAACCAAGCCAUUGUUGGACAAAGUGUUGUGAGGCGACUUCAAAAGCUGUAAAGCCUGUAAUCACUAGGUCACAGAUAAAAUGUUCUGAAGGGUGAAACUAAUUUAGCUCAUCCUUUUAUACUUGUAGCUAUAUAGUAAACAUAGGAUAUCGUGUCGAUUUCGGAGUGGUUUGAUGAAAUCAUGUCACUUUUCUUUUGAGUUUUUCUGCUUCCAUUUAUAUGAACACAAUGGAGGUAGAAGAAAGUAAUUGACAAAUAAAUGCUUCUAUAUCCCUUUUUCUGAAA